AUGUCUAAGUCUUCCUCAUCAAAUGUGCUUUCACGUGAGCCAGAAAUAGCAAGGAUCCAUGACGUGUUCUUAAGUUUUAGAGGGAAAGAUACUCGUGCUUCCUUCACUUCACAUCUGUAUGCUGCUCUUCAAAAGGCUGGAAUUAAGGUUUUUAUAGACGAUAAUGAGCUUCAAAGAGGAUAUCACAUUUCAUCAUCAUUAUCACGAGCAAUUGAACAAUCUCAAAUUUCUAUAAUUGUUUUUUCAAAAAAUUAUGCUGAUUCGCGAUGGUGUUUGAAUGAAUUGGUGAAAAUAAUGAAUUGUCGUAAAAACAUAGGACAAGUGGUUGUGCCAGUGUUCUACCGUGUAGAUCCCUCUGAAGUGCGUAAUCCGAGAGGAAAGUUUGGAAUAGCUUUUCAACGUCUUUUGAAGAAAGUUCCAAAAAAGGAGAAAUUGGUGCUAAGUUGGAAAAAGGCUCUUCGUGAGGCAGCAAACAUCGCAGGGUUUCCAAUAGUGAAGUCCGGGAAUGAAAGUGAGGAUGUCAAAGGUAUUGUUGACAACAUUUCACAUUUGCUUAACAAAACAGACUUGUUUAUUGCGAAUAAUCCAGUGGGAAUUGAAUCUCGAGUGAAAGAUGUGAUUCAACAGCUACACAUCCAACCAAAGGGGGUUCUGCUAAUAGGGAUGUGGGGCAUGGGGGGGAUCGGAAAAACAACAAUUGCAAAAGCCAUUUACAAUAAGACUGGCCGCAAUUUUGAAGGCAGGAGCUUCCUCGCAAAUAUUAGGGAAAAUGGAAAGAAAAAUGCUGGACUCAUGGGUUUACAAGAACAACUUUUAUUUGAUAUCUGCAAAGAAAGAACAAUCAAGAUACCAAACAUUGAGUUAGGAAAAAGCAUGUUAAAAGAUAAACUCAGCCAUACAAGAGUACUUGUUGUACUUGAUGAUGUGAAUACAUUAGACCAACUUAAUACUUUCUGUGCAAGUCGUGAAUGGUUUGGCUCAGGGAGUAUAAUAAUAAUCACAACCAGAGAUAUGCAUUUACUUAAAGGGAGAGUUGACAAAAUAUUCGAAAUGCCAAUAAUGAAUGAAAGUGAGUCAAUCGAGCUUUUUAGUUGGAAUGCAUUCAAGCGAGCGUGUCCUACAAAAGAUUUUGUUAGAAUUUCCAAAAAUGUAGUUGAAUAUUCUGAGGGAUUGCCGCUAGCUCUUGAAGUCCUUGGGUCUUAUUUGUUUAAUAAGACGGAAUCAGAGUGGGAACUUGUAUUGGAGACACUCAAAAGAAUUCCUUAUGAUCAAGUGCAGAAGAAGUUAAGGAUGAGUUAUGAUGGUUUAAAUCAUGCUGAGAAAGAAAUAUUCCUUCACAUUGCUUGUUUCUUUGUCGGGAUGGACCAAAAUGAUGUUAUACUUUUAUUAAAUGAUUGCGGACUUUCUGCAGAAAUUGGAAUAAGUGUCCUUGUUGCUCGAAGCCUUGUGACUGUUGAUGAUAAGAACAUGCUUGGAAUGCAUGGUCAGCUGCGAGAUAUGGGAAGAGGAAUCGUUUGUGAGGAAUCACCAAGGAGGCCUGAGAAACGUAGUAGGUUGUGGGAUCAGGAGGAUGUGAUUGAUGUAUUAUCAAGACAAACUGGAAAAAAAGGUAUUUUGGGACUGGCUUUGAAAUUGCCUACAACUAAUGCAAAAUGUUUUAGUACUAAAGCAUUUGAAAAGAUGAAGAGACUCAGAUUUCUUCAACUUGCUGAGGUAAAACUUGAUGGAGAUUUUGAAUAUGUUUCGAGAGAUCUAACAUGGCUGUCAUGGAAUGGAUUAAGCGACAUCCCUACAAACUUCUUUCGAGAAAAUUUAGUUUCCAUCGAGUUAGAGAAUAGCAAUUUGGAAGUUCUGUGGAAGAAGAGCAUGAGGAUGGAGAAGCUAAAAAUUCUCAAUCUUAGCCAUUCGCACUAUCUCACACAAAGCCCUGACUUUUCAAACACGCCUAAUCUUCAAAAACUAGUACUCAAAGAUUGCCCACUGUUGUCUGAGGUUUCACCUAGCAUCAGACAUCUCAAUAAAAUUCUUCUGAUAAACUUGGAAGACUGCAUUAGCCUAUGUAGCCUCCCAAAAAGCAUCUAUAAGUUGAAAUCUUUGAAAACUCUCGUUCUUUCUGGUUGUUUAAAGAUUGACAAGGUGGAAGAGGACUUCGAGAAAAUGGAAUCUUUAACCACUCUUCUUGCAAAUAACACUUCAAUAACAACAAUACCCUUAUCAAUAAGGAUGGAAAAUCUGAAAAAUCUCAAUCUUAGUCAUUCUCAUCGUCUGACAAACAUCCCGGACUUUUCAUGCUUGCCUAAUCUUGAAAAGCUAGUACUCAAAGAUUGUCCAAUGUUGUCUGAGGUUUCUCCUAGCAUUGGACAUCUCAAUAAAAUUCUUCUGAUAAAUUUGGAAGAUUGUAUUGGCCUAGGUAACCUCCCAAGAAGCAUCUAUAAGUUGAAAUCUUUGAAAACUCUCAUUCUUUCUGGUUGUUUAAAGAUUGACAAGCUGGAAGAGGACUUGGAACAGAUGGAAUCUUUAACCACUCUGCUUGCAAAUAAUACUUCAAUAACAACAGUGCCCUUUUCGGUAGUUAGGUCGAAGAGCAUUGGAUAUAUUUCUUUGUGCGGAUUUGAAGGAUCCUCGCAUGAUGUGUUUCCAUCUAUUAUUCGGUCUUGGAUGUCACCAAGAAAUAAUAUCCAUCUAUUACCAACAUCUAUAAUUCCCAUGGCAUUUCCUUCAGAUGUACCACACAGUAGUUCUCAGGAACUAUCAUCGUUUUCCCAGUACCUACCAAGUCUUCGAAGUCUUUGGGUGCAGUUCAGCUCAGAACUUCAACUUUCUCAUGAGGCAGCAAUAAUUUUGGAUGCUUUGUAUGCCACAAAUUAUAAGGAGUUGGAACUAACGGCAGUUACAUCACAAAUAUCAAACCAUUUCUUGAAGUCUCUUUUAAUUCAAAUUGGAAUGAAUUGCGAAGUCACUGAUAUUCUGAAAGAGAUAAUUUUACAGAAAAUAGAUGUUGGUGGUUGUUUCCUUCCCGGUGAUAGUUAUCCAGAUUGGUUAACCUUUAAUUCUGAAGGUUCUUCUGUAACUUUUGAAGUCCCUCAAGUGGAAGAGCGUCAAUUGACGUCAUUGAUGUGCAUUGUCUAUACUUCAACCCCAGAUAAUGUAACAUCUAGUGGCCUUAAAAAUGUGUUGGUGAAAAAUUACACAAAGGCUACCAUUCAAAUCUAUAAGAGUGAGACAUUAGUUUCCUUUGAAGAUAAGGAGGGGCAGAGGUUAGUAUCAAGUAUAGAACCCGGAAACAAAGUGGAGAUCGUUUUUGUUUUCGAGAAUGAUUUCACUGUGGAGAAGACAGUAGUAUAUCUGGUAUAUGAUGCACAAGAUUUUAACGUCAUUGCUUGUAGAGGUGAUGAAAAUGAAUGCUCUCUAAAGAACUUCUCUACUGAAGACGAUCCCGCAGAUGACUUCAAUCAGAACAGAAAGAAGAAAAAUCAAGUAGAAUGAAUCAAUGAAACCAAUUCUUAUGUUGAAUGAAGUUCUAGCCAUGCCUUGACCUACAGCAUGUUGUAACAAUUUGAACAGAACUGUUUUCAACCAUGCUUAGCAAACUGAUGUAUUCCUAAAUAAUAUACAAUACAUGGAUGCCAUGAAGAAUUUUAUCGAACAUUUGGUUUUAAUCA